AUGGCAGACAACCACAGCGGCACCGAGUCUCAUGUGACGAUCCAGCGGCGGACUCACUACUCACCACCGUGGGCAGAUGUCAGCAUCAUUGGUAUUGCUGGCAGUUCCGGCUCUGGAAAGUCGACUCUGUCGCACGCCAUUGUGAGGAAGCUGAAUCUGCCCUGGGUGGUGAUUUUGUCCAUGGACUCUUUCUACAACCCCCUGAGUCCUGAGGAGUCAAAAAGGGCUUUUGACAACGACUUUGACUUUGACGCGCCGGAUGCAAUUGACUUUAACGUACUUGUACAAUGUUUGCGCGAUCUGAAGGCUGGUCUGAAGGCGAGCAUUUCAGACAUCAAUGUUUAUAUCAUGAUAAUAAUUGGUUUUAGAAAACGGGCUGAAAUUCCCAUUUACUCCUUCUCUAAGCAUCAAAGGUUGGACAAUACCACAACCAUCUACUCACCUCACGUCAUCAUCCUGGAAGGAAUCUUUGCCCUCCAUGACCCCCGUAUUAUUGAUCUUCUGGAUAUGAGGAUAUUCUGCGAGGCGGAUGCCGAUACGUGUUUGUCACGGAGAGUGUUGAGAGACGUCAAGGAGCGUGGCCGUGACGUAGAUGGUAUCAUGAAGCAGUGGUUCAAGUUUGUGAAACCAAACUUUGAAAAAUUCGUCGAGCCGCAGCGCAAAGUCGCAGACAUCAUCGUGCCGAGAGGUAUCGAGAACCGCGUAGCUAUGGCCAUGGUUGUUCAGUACAUUGAGCGCAAGUUGAUCGAAAAGUCAACCCACCACCGGGCAGCACUCACGCAGUUGGAGUUGGCUGCUGCCAGUGACCCUCUGUCUGACAGAGUCGUGAUUCUCGACCAGUCACCGCAACUGAGAGGCAUGAGCACCAUCAUCCAGGAUAUCGACACCUCCGCGGAAGACUUUAUCUUCUACUUUGACCGCCUCGCGUGUCUUCUGAUCGAGCAGGCACUCAACAAUGUCCAGUUCAGAGAAAAGACCAUUGCCACGCCGCAAGGAUACAAGUACAACGGACUCCAAGCUACGGGCGAUGUAAGUGCGGUGCUGGUCCUUCGUGGCGGUGCCGCCUUUGAGACGGCCUUGAAGAGGGUCGUCCCCGACAUGCGGACAGGCAGAAUCCUGAUCCAGUCCAACGUCCGGACGGGAGAGCCCGAGCUGCAUUAUCUCAAGCUCCCGGAUAACAUUGACUCUCACGAGUCGGUGUUGUUGAUUGACACGCAGAUGGCCAGCGGAGGCGCCGCACUCAUGGCUGUGCAAGUGCUCGUCGAUCACGGCGUUGCCCAGGACAAGAUUGUGCUGGCGUGCUAUGCUGCCGGAAGACUGGGUGUACACCGUCUUGCAAAGGUGUUUCCUGGUAUCACUAUUGUUCUGUGCAACAUGCUCGCAGAUAUUGAGGAUCGCUGGGUUGAAAAGAAGUACUUCCGAUGCUAG